AAAUCAGGCACCGGGCGGGGCGCGUUGCCGGCUGCGCUCGCGCGCUCUGCCGCGCGGCGGUGUCCACCCGCUUACCCCCAGCUCCGACCACUGCCUCGCGCUACCCAGGUCUGCGCACGCCACGGUGACUUCAGCCCAGACCUGGGCCGCCGGCGGAGAAGGAGUUAACUGAAAGGGGCGAGGAGGAGCCCGGGGAGGAAGGAAGGAUAUUGCCGUAAUUCUGAAAGUUUUUUUCCUUCCUCUCUUCCCCUCGCAGAGGUGAGUGCUGGGCUCGGCGCUCUGCUCCUGGAGCUCCCGCGGGACUGCCUGGGGACAGGGACUGCUGUGGCGCUCGGCCCUCCACUGCGGACCUCUCCUGAGUGGGUGCGCCGAGUCAUGGAGGGCGCAGAGCUGGCCGGGAAGAUCCUUUCCACCUGGCUGACGCUGGUUCUCGGCUUCAUCCUUCUGCCUUCGGUCUUCGGAGUGUCUCUGGGCAUCUCCGAGAUCUACAUGAAGAUCCUGGUGAAAACUUUAGAGUGGGCCACAAUACGAAUUGAAAAAGGAACCCCAAAGGAGUCGAUUCUUAAAAACUCUGCUUCUGUUGGUAUUAUCCAAAGAGAUGAGUCACCCAUGGAAAAAGGGCUCUCUGGUCUACGAGGAAGGGACUUUGAGCUGUCUGACGUGUUUUAUUUCUCCAAGAAGGGAUUUGAAGCCAUUGUGGAAGAUGAAGUGACCCAGAGGUUUUCCUCAGAGGAGCUAGUGUCAUGGAAUCUCCUCACAAGAACCAAUGUAAAUUUCCAGUACAUCAGUCUGCGGCUCACUAUGGUGUGGGUGCUGGGCGUCAUAGUGCGCUAUUGUGUCCUACUGCCUCUGAGGGUUACCUUGGCUUUCAUUGGGAUCAGUUUGCUGGUUAUAGGAACUACACUGGUUGGGCAGCUGCCAGACAGCAGCCUCAAAAACUGGCUGAGUGAACUGGUCCAUCUGACUUGCUGCCGGAUCUGUGUGCGAUCCCUCUCUGGUACCAUUCAUUAUCAUAACAAGCAGUACAGACCCCAGAAGGGAGGCAUUUGUGUUGCCAACCAUACUUCCCCAAUUGAUGUUUUAAUCUUGACAACGGAUGGAUGUUAUGCUAUGGUUGGCCAGGUUCAUGGCGGCUUGAUGGGAAUUAUUCAGAGAGCUAUGGUCAAGGCUUGUCCUCAUGUCUGGUUUGAACGCUCAGAAAUGAAGGAUCGACAUCUGGUUACUAAGAGACUAAAAGAACAUAUUGCUGAUAAGAAGAAAUUACCCAUAUUAAUUUUUCCUGAAGGAACUUGCAUCAACAAUACUUCAGUCAUGAUGUUUAAAAAGGGGAGCUUUGAAAUCGGAGGAACCAUACAUCCAGUUGCAAUUAAGGAAGGAGAAGAUGCAGUCCAGUUUGCUAACAGGGUUAAGUCUGCUAUUGCUAUACAGGGAGGCCUGACUGAACUUCCCUGGGAUGGAGGACUAAAGAGAGCAAAGGUGAAGGACACCCUCAAGGAAGAGCAGCAGAAAAAUUACAGCAAGAUGAUUGUGGGCAAUGGAUCUCUCAGCUAAGAGGACAGCUGACAGCCUUUAGAUCUAGAACUAGCCCUUAGAAAUGGAAUGGCUUUGUUUUUUGUUUUGUUUUUAUGAUUGUUAAUCUUUUCUACAGAAUGAUUGUCUCUACCUCUUUAUGCCAGAGGCAGAACCUACAGGUGCCCUUUUUGGCUUUUGUUGUUGUUGUAACAUUAGCCCCAUGGAUUGUAAGGUGGUUUACUGAGUUCAGACAGAUUCUGCUUUGAUAAAAUGAUGGCGUCACUGUUGACUGAAUGAAAUAUUUGUAUAGAAAAAAGUGCUUAUAAAAUGUGUUUGGAACUCAUCGAUAGGGCAAUUCUCCAAAAAUGCCCAAACUCUCUUUUUAUAAUUAGCCUUGCCACUUUCUUCAGUCACUUAAAUGGUGAGAUUACACAUCAGUGCAAGAUGACCAUUAUGGUUAUGGUCUACUGCAAGGUUGAAAGGAAAAAUGGAGGAUUGUAUUUAGGAAAAGGGACAACUUUGUGGCCACCUGCUCUGAAAGUCAAAAGGAAACAUAAAUUCCUAUUAGUAUGUUGGAAGAGAAAUACUAUUUUUCUUUUUCACAGGAGUUCUCUGGCCCUGUGAACUCCACCUUGAGCAAUGUCACAGAUUACAGUUAUUUUGCAGGUGAAUUAAGCUUCACCAAAGAAAAGUGAGUCAAAGUUAAUGUGUAUGUGCAUUUAUAUGUAGGCAGCUCAUAGAGCACAUUUUAGCCAGCAACUGGUAACAAAGAGCUUAGUUUUCCUUGUUUGAAUGCUGUAGAUCUAUACCUAGUACCCCUCCCAUCUACUGAUUUGUUUGUUUUUGUAACCAAACACAUUUUCAGAUAGAAGGAGCCUUAAAAAAAAAAAAAAAUCACAUUGAGUAACUUCAGUAUGAAUGAAUGAGAGUGUGUGGAGCUACCCCUCACCCUCCAACCCUUUGUGGUUUUAUUCCCUAAUUUUCCCAGUCUCUUAAACAGAAAAAAUGACUGAUAUAAUUACCUUUUGGAAACUGAGCCUUAAUUUUUUUUAGAGGGAGAAAUAAGUUUUCCCCAACUCACACAGCAUAAGCAAUGUUUGACAGCAAUAUAAUGCCGUUGUAAACUCCUGAGGGUAUUGUAUCUGUUCUGGUAACCAUGUACAGAAUGUAAAACUGUCUUAUGAAUAUAAAUAAAUUCUAUAUUUCUAAA